AUGGAAACAUCGCCAAUCUACUUCUGGCGCGAGACCGGUCCAGAGGGCUACCUCUCCCAGUGGUGGACAAGAGACCCUUUCACCAUCGCCGCCACUGCCUCCUCCUCCCCGCCCAUCACCUUCAUGACGGCAGAGCACUACAUGAUGCACGGCAAAGCCCUCCUCUUCGCCGACGCCUACGCCGCGCUCGCGAUCCUCAGGGCGGACCACCCGCGCAAAGUCAGGGCACUCGGGCGCAGGGUCCGCGGCUUCGACGGCGCGCGGUGGGACGCCGAGAGGGAGCGCGUCGUCCGCGAGGGCAACCUCCAUAAAUUCCGCGGCGCGCCGCACCUCCGGGAGCGGCUGCUGGCGACGGGCUCCCGCGAGCUCGUCGAGGCGAGCCCGACGGACCGCAUCUGGGGCAUCGGGUUCGCGCCCGACAAGGCGCCGGCGUCCGACCGGGGAGGCUGGGGGUUGAAUCUGCUCGGCAAGGUGUUGAUGGAGGUACGGGAGGCGUUGAGGGAAGAGGAGCAGCAGCAGCAUGUGGGGGAGAAGAAAAAGAAGAAGGGGGGUGAAGAGAAGGGAGAGCAGCUGGAAGUGGAGAAGGAGAUUCGGUCCCGGACGAAGAAGAGACGUACCCGGUCGCAGGAUGAAGAGGAGCUGGGGGACGAAGACACGACGUCCAAGUCGAGGCGAGUGGAAAAGCGGGAGGACGGAAAGGAGGAUGGAGAAGAGGACGGAGAGGAGGACGAACGCGGAGAGUUUCGGGGGUGA